CAUUUGGGGAAGCUGGGUUAAUCGGAACAUGAGAGUACACAGCCCAUGAAGGCAUCACCACAGCCCCAGUCGGCUGGAAGGAUACACGGAUCAGGCUGCCGCUGCCAGCUAUGCAAUGCCUCCUUUUACACAUGAACCCUGGGCAUAGGCACCUUCUCAGUGCCGCGGUCAACCCCUCGUAUUCUCUCAUCAUUUUCGACAAGCUUCUGUAGAGAGCUCCCAAAGGACCCAGGAUACCCGGUAGAGACUGGACCAGGGGCGUUAUGUUUACCGAAGCAAAGCUGGAGAGGUGAGCUGAGCGAGUAACUUUAGCUUGCUACAUGCUAGGCAGCUGGAGCCAUGGGUUUUUCCAUCCACCUUCGAUGAACUGAACUAAGCUGGACCCAAACAACUCAGCCAACCUGACCCGGCCUACAGGGGGGACCCUCCUCUCCCCAUCGCCCUCUCCAGCUAUGGCAGGCUUCAAGCGGGGCUACGAUGGCAAGAUUGCUGGGCUAUAUGACCUGGACAAGACGCUGGGCCGUGGCCACUUUGCCGUGGUCAAGCUGGCACGCCACGUCUUCACUGGGGAGAAAGUGGCAGUGAAGGUGAUCGACAAGACUAAGCUAGACACCGUUGCUACAGGCCACCUCUUCCAGGAGGUCCGCUGCAUGAAGCUGGUCCAGCACCCCAACAUUGUGCGCCUGUAUGAAGUUAUAGAUACUCAGACUAAGCUUUACCUCAUCUUGGAGCUAGGGGAUGGUGGGGAUAUGUUUGACUACAUCAUGAAACAUGAGGAGGGUCUGAAUGAAGAGCUUGCUAAGAAAUAUUUUGCCCAGAUUGUCCAUGCUAUCUCCUACUGCCAUCGGCUGCACGUGGUGCACAGGGAUCUUAAGCCAGAGAAUGUGGUGUUCUUUGAGAAACAAGGGCUCGUCAAGCUCACCGACUUUGGAUUCAGCAACAAGUUUCAACCGGGGAAGAAGCUGACGACCAGUUGUGGAUCUCUGGCAUACUCCGCCCCGGAAAUACUGCUGGGUGAUGAGUAUGAUGCUCCAGCCGUAGAUAUCUGGAGUCUCGGUGUGAUCCUGUUCAUGUUGGUAUGCGGCCAGCCCCCUUUCCAGGAAGCCAACGACAGCGAGACUCUCACCAUGAUCAUGGACUGUAAAUACUCGGUUCCAGACCACGUGUCCAGCGCCUGCAAAGAUCUGAUAGACCGCAUGCUUCAGAGGGAUCCCAAGCACCGGGCCUCCCUGGAGGAGAUCGAGGGCCACGCCUGGCUGCAGGGGGUCGACCCCUCCCCAGCCACCAAGUUCAACACUCCCCUGGUGUCCCACAAGAACCUGUCGGACGAGGAGCACAACAGCAUCAUCCAGCGCAUGGUGCUGGGAGACAUCGCCGACCGAGAGGCCAUAGUGGAAGCCCUGGAGACCAACAAGUACAACCACAUCACAGCCACGUACUACCUGCUGGCAGAGAGGAUCCUGAGGGAGAAGCAGGAGAAGGAGGUGCAGACCCGCUCCUCCAGCCCCAGCAACACCAAGGCCCACUUCAGGCAGUCGUGGCCCAGCAGGGUGGACAUGCACCAGGACAUCGAGGACAGCCUGGCAGCGUCCUCCAUCUCCCACGCUGGGGGCCCCCAGUCCCCCGCCCGCAGCAUAGAGAGCCUCCUCAACGGGCACCGCUCCAAAGGCCUGCUGCAUCUGGGCCGACGCGGCGAAACGGUGUGUGACUCAGCGCUGGCUAAGGGAGCCUGUGCUGCUGGGACCCCCAGGGCCCCCGCACCAUCCACCUCAGCAGCAGCCAAGCAGAGAGGCUGCCUCUUCAGGGUGGCAGAGGAUGAAGAGGAUGAGGAAGAGCAGGACCCGGCCAAUAUCCACAGCCAGGUGGUCCUGAGGCGUAAGCCCCCCUCCAUCACCAACCGCCUCACCUCCAGGAAGAGCGCCCCGGUGCUCAACCAGAUCUUCGAAGAGGGGGAGUCGGACGACGACUUCGACCUGGACGAGGGUCUGCCGCCCAAACUCAGCCGCCUGAAGAUGAACAUGGCAGGCAACGCGGCCAACCUGAGCUCCGGGGCCUCCCCAGGGGCCACACACAAGCGCUACCACCGCCGCAAGAGCCAGGGGAGGGGGUCCUCGUGCUCCAGCUCUGAGACCAGCGACGACGACUCGGAGAGCCACCGCCGGCGCCUGGACAAAGACUCAGGCUUCGGGUACGGCUGGAACCGGAGAGACAGCAGCGAGGGGCCGCCCGGCAGCGAGGGGGGCAACGGGGGGGGCAGCAGCUCCGGGCCCAGUAAACCUUCUGGGGAGGGAGGGGGGACCUCCGGCCCAGACAAGGGGAGUCCGCCUGGAGGUAACGGAGGAGAGGGUGGUAACGGGGGAAGCGGCGGAGGGGGGAGGGGGGGAGGAGGGGGGGAGAGUAAAGGACAGGACAGUCCCUCCAGCUGUUGUCACAACAGCAGGAGCACGAACCCCUCCCUCAGCACGGAGCUGGUGGAGAGCCUGAAGCUGAUGAGCCUGUGCCUCCGGGGCCGGGGGGGGCGAGAGGGGGGGGAGUUCCUCUUUGAUCCUCGCAGCCUCCCGGGGGGGACCGUGAAGAUCCAGGAGAAGUCUGCGUGGAGGAUGUGCAUCGGCUCCACCGGGAGCCUGGACACCAUCACCCUUCCCGCCACCGCCCUGCCCCGCCCACACGCCCCCCACCGCAAGACAGCAGCGCACGGCCCCCCUGGCAGCAGGCAUCCUCACAGCAGCCUGAGCGCUCUGAAGAACGGGGUGCUGCAACUACCUCUGUGUGAGAAGACCCUCUCUGUGAACAUCCAGCGGGGGGGGGGCUCGGCCCCCGUCAGCUGCUGCCAGGUCAUCUGAGCAGCAGCUUGUAACCCCCCCCCACGUUUUUUUGCUGAGUAUGCGGGAAAACAUGUAUUACAUUUUUGAGCAUUGAGUAAAUAUAUCAAAAGAAAAGAGAGGUUCAUUUGAAGAGGCCAAAGUAUCAAAUACAUUUUAAUAUCAAGACUAGUUAUUUUACAAAAAAAACAUAUUUUGAGUCUAAACUGUCAUUUAUUUUUAUUUUAUUUUAAUAAUUCAAUUUAAAUUCAUAAUUCUGAGGAAGAAUUAAAAUUGCCACUUUAUUCUCAAAACACUGUAUCUUUUCUUUGCGUCCCUCAGAAGGUAUUCCCUGACUCUCUGUGGUACAGCUGACUCAGCAGAGCCCCCUUGGAACUGGGAAUAUGUUUCUGAGUUCAUGAGUUGUCUUUUAUAGAAGGGAAGAGAGAAAGUUUUAAUUUAGACUCCAGUUUGGAUUCAGUGUUGCACUUGAACGAUGUGUUUUCUGAUGUUUUAAAGCUGUACUUCUCCCAGAGACAUUCUGUCAGAGCCCUUUCCAUCUGACGAGAUGAGCUGUUCUUAUUUUUUUAUUCAUAUUCCAGUGUUUUGCUGACGGAGCAUUACGUGCGUCUGGUUUGACCUCUGCUGGCUCCCUGCAGCCCACCUGUAUAUACAGUCUGUUGAAAGUAAAGUUUAUUUUUAAAUCCUGUACAUUUCUUUGGAGCGAUGUGCUGUUGGGACAUGUGAGGGGUGAUGCUGUGCAGCAGGAGGGGCUCACAGUCAGCUAAAGAGAGCAUCACAUAAAGGGGAGGGGGACGGGGGACUCUUGAGGGCAUUGGCAAUAAGCUAUACGGUGUGUUGCAGCUAUCUGUACAGAAACUUUUUUUAUUAGUUUUAAUUGUUUUGUUUUUGUAUUCCUACAUUACAGCAGAGGGUUAAGGCCACAUGGGAUCUUUUUUAUAAUUAGGGUCUGAGUAAUUAAAAACAAUUUAUUUAUUCUAAGAUUAAAGUGAGUUUUUCAGUUUGAUUUUUUAUUCUAACUUAAAUUCUAACUUAAAUCUCAGAAUUGUGACUUAAUUCUUAAAAUUCAUCAAUUUUUUUUCUCUGAAUAUUCAGAUUAAAGUGAGAGUUCUUAGGACAAAAAGGUCCGAAUUUGGAGACAAAGUCUAUCUUUCCCCUCUGAAUUCUGAGAAGGAAACUCAAUAUUUUCUUUAUUCUCAAAAUUCAGACCAUUUUCUCAUAAUCCUGAUUUAAGUCUAAGAACUCAAAAAAAUGAAUUCAAUGUGGUCAGAUUGAAAAUGUGACCCGACCCUUCUUCCGUACUACAUAGCCAUGUUUGACUGUAGAGAAAAAAGGAACACGGUUUGAAAUGUCUUUUUAUCUUUGUGUUUGUUCCUUUUGGAAACCAGUGUAAAUGGAGUUGUAAAUAUGGUGCUCUUUCUCCGAGUGGACACUUUGGUGCAUAGCUGUACAGUAAUCUAGCCUUAUGAUAAUUAGUAAUACUGUCUGGGUGUCCUCUUCAUACCGUCAGUCUGUGUGACUGCUCUGUUUCCAGGUGAAUGACGUGCAUGUGUUUCAGUGUUCAGCGACACACAGGAGAGACUCGCCACAGACGCUACUGGACCAAAAAGCAGCAGAAAAAAGAGUUACGGAUUAUUCAGUGUAUUGACCUGUUGAUACCUGUUGUCAGAACUUAGCUAUGGUGAUAUCUAAAAAUAAAAUGUGGAAUACUGUC